GUGUUUUCCUCGAGCUUGAGCUAAACAAUUUCGACACUGCCUGCCUGCUUGCUCUGCUUCAUAAGCAAAAGGAGUACCAAGACCAGCAGGAGCGGCAUUCAAAAGAGUCAAGCUGAACAUCCUUGAAUUCAGCUGAUACUCAGUAGAUUCUCAAGGAGCCAGUUGUAAUUUAGCAACUGGACCUUUACUUGCUGAACUGUGAGAUGGAAAAUCCUGGACGGAAACUGAGUACGUCUUGGGUUCUAGUUCUUUUUCUUGGUGCUCUUCUUACAGAUCAUCUAGCAACAGGGCAGCUCAGCUCAACAUUCUACGAUUCCACUUGUCCGGAUCUACUGAGUACAGUGAAGUCGGGCCUGGACAGUGCAGCAGCAUCAGAUUCACGACUCGGAGGAUCUCUUUUGCGACUGCACUUCCACGAUUGCUUUGUUAAUGGCUGCGAUGCAUCGGUUCUGCUCGAUGACACCACCACCUUCACUGGAGAGAAGACUGCUGGUCCCAAUGCCAACUCCCUUAGGGGCUUUAAUGUCGUUGAUGAUAUCAAAGCUUCCGUGGAAGCUAUUUGUCCAGCCACAGUGUCAUGCGCCGAUAUUCUUGCCAUUCUCGCUCGUGAUGGAACUGUAGCGGCAGGAGGCCCUUCCUGGACGGUGGAGUUGGGCAGGCGUGACGGUCUGACAGCCAGCAAAUCCGCUGCAGAGUCCGACAUCCCAAAUCCAACUACAGAUGUUUUAGCACUCACCAGUUCUUUCAGUAACGUAGGAUUGGAUCAAACUGACCUGGCCGCACUCUCAGGAGCUCAUACUUUUGGCAAAGCGCAAUGUGGGGCCUUCGUGGGUCGUCUUUACGAUUAUCAAGGUACCGGCAGUCCCGAUCCCUCCAUCGACCCAGACUUCCUGGCAACUCUGCAGGCUGCUUGCCCAGAUGGAGGAGAUGCCACUGUUUUGAAUAACUUGGACCAAGGAACUCCGACCACAUUCGACAACUCUUAUUACAACAAUCUGCUGACCGGCAAGGGCCUUCUGAAUUCGGACCAAGUCCUCGAAACUACUGCAGGCACCACGCAGGACCUCGUCACAUCUUUCGGAAGUGACCAGUCAGCAUUCUUCUCGCAGUUCGCAACUUCCAUGAUCAAAAUGGGCGGCAUCAGCGUCUUAACUGGUUCUUCUGGAGAGAUUCGGACCAACUGCCGUGCUGUCAAUUCGUAGUAACUGUGUUUUAUGUGAUUAAGAUUGGCUGAGAUCUGCCAAGAAUAUAACACUACCUCGAUCAUCGAAAACGAUAUUUACGAUAUUGCGCGACAGCCAAGCAGAGGGAAAUGUACUAUUUGCCACCUGAUUACGCCAUGCCAACGACAGUACAUGAAAGAAACCUCAUCUAAUCUAGGCUCCCGGUUUCCAUAUUGUGCAUAAAUUUGAUGAGAUAGCCUUUGUCACUCAAUGCUCAUGCUAGCUGUGAAUACGUAUAUCAACUCUCCAGGAGAUCCUCCUAGGAAUAUGUGUGUCUGUAAUGAUAUUCAUGUAUAAAAUAUGUCCAGUUUCCAUGAGUAC